UAUGAUGGCUGCCUUCUGCAAGUGAUGACGAUCGUGUUCACAACACCAGUUCAUGAGGCCGAAUUUGUUUACAGGAAUAGAUUAACACGAGCGUGUGUUUUGAUUAAAGUAUUCAGAUUCGAUUUAACAAGAUGUGUUUCAAAGACUGCAGUAUGAUAUUGUGAGUUACAAAGACUAACAAUGCGACUUAAACGCAGAUAUUUAAUAACUGUGGUUGUGGGCUGUUUUGUGUCAUGGAAUUUGCUUACAUAUUACAUGCUCACAACUAAACAACAAAUAAAAGAACCGCAAACUGGUAAAGACCAACAACAAAUUGAGACAAAAUUAUCUCGACUGGAAAGGGAAAUUACUAAUCAACUGAAGGAUAAUAAAGAUUUAUUAAAAGAUUUACUACAUCUAAAAAAAGAUAUAUCAACUGCCACAUCUCCUCCACCAGAAUUACAUGAAGAUAUACCUAAAGCUGAUGUAUUACCUAUAUUGAUGUUUGCUUGUAAUAGAGUAACUGUUAGUAGAAGUCUUGAUCAAUUACUCAAAUAUCGUCCAUCGGGUGAAAAAUUUCCAAUCAUAGUCACACAAGAUUGUGGUCAUCAACCUACAGCAACUGUAAUAAAACAAUAUGUAGAAAAACAUGGUGUUAAACAUAUACAGCAACCAGAUUUAAGAGAAAUAAGUUUACCAUGGCCACAGAGAAAGUUUGUGGGAUAUUAUAAAAUAGCUCGCCAUUAUAAGUGGGCUCUUAACCAAGUCUUUCUCGUGUAUAAUUAUUCAGCUGUUAUUAUUGUUGAAGAUGAUUUAGACAUAUCACCAGAUUUCUAUGAAUAUUUUUCUGCAACAUAUCCUUUAUUAAAAGAAGACCCCCAUUUGUGGUGUGUGUCAGCAUGGAAUGAUAAUGGUAAAGCUAAUCUAGUGUCCGAUGAACCAGAGUUAUUAUAUAGAAGUGACUUUUUUCCUGGUUUAGGCUGGAUGAUAGAAAGAUCUUUAUGGUUAGAAUUGGGACCAAAAUGGCCAGAAACGUUUUGGGAUGAUUGGAUGAGACAUCCUGGACAAAGACAGGGAAGAGAAUGUAUAAGACCUGAAAUAUGUAGAACAAGUACAUUUGGUAAAAAAGGAGUAAGCAAUGGUUUAUUUUAUGAAAAACAUCUCAAAUACAUAAAACUUAAUGAGAAGUCAGUGCCUUUUACAAAAAUCGAUCUUUCAUAUUUAAAGAAGGAAACUUAUGAUAAAAAUUUUGUAAAGAAAGUGUAUGAUGCGCCUUUAAUGACAGUAACAGAAGUUGUAUUGGCAGCUAAACCUGAACUACCUGCUGCUAGAGUACAGUACAAUAAUAAAAAUGAUUUUAAAGCAGCUGCAAAAAAAUUAGGAAUAAUGGAUGAUUAUAAGGCUGGUGUUCCACGAAGUGCAUACAGAGGAGUAGUUAGUUUUGUUUUUCGUGGUAGGAGAAUUUAUCUGGCACCACCACAAACCUGGAAAGCUUAUGAUCCAACAUGGAGCUGACAUACUCAGCUACUAGAAAUAAUCCGUGAUUUUCAAUCAGCGAGUAUUUUUGGGUAGUGGUUGUUAAAGUAUGAAUGGGUAUAGUAAAGAUGUAAAUUUAUAUAUUUUGUUACUUAAGUGUAAGUAUGGUUGAGUGUAUAUAUUUACAGUAAUCAAUACCACAAUUAGAUCAUACAAAAAAUAUUCUGGUACUCAGACAAUACUUCCAAAAAGGGAGGUUUUUAUUUUAUUUUUUGUUUUUAGUUUGUCCGAUGACUUUUAACAAGCAUCACAUAAUUACUAAUAGUAAUAAAUACAAGAUCGUUUACAAGCAGUAAUGAAUUGCUAUCUUGUACAUAAGCUUUCGAGUGGAAAUACAAAUGGGUGGUAGUCAAUGGGAAUGUUUUUAAUUUUUAAAAAAAUAAAAAUGGAUCUAGCUUCCCUUUUUAAGUGAGUGGCAGUAUCUAAGUACCAGAAUAUUUUUUUUUGUCCCCCGCCUUUCAAAGAAAGCAGGGGACUAUUGAAAUGGGUUUGUCCGUCCGUCUGUCUGUCUGUCUUUCACACUUUUUGGGACACAAUAACUCUCCUUCUAAUUGAGCUAGAAUGUUCAAACUUGGUGUAGGUGUUUAUUGGGUCAAUGCCUUAAUGAUGAAGUUCGAAGAUGAGCAUUUUCUGCUAAGGGUAAAUAGAUACGCAAUUUGAUUGGUUGAUGCUUUGGGACACGAUAACUUUAGUUCUAAUCAAGUGAGAGUGAGGACACUUGGUGUAUAGCUUUAUUACAUCAAUACCUUGACUAAGUUCGAUAAUGAACAUUUUCUGCUGAGGGUAAGCAGAGCGAUAAGCAAUUUGUUUGGUCAAGACUUUGGAACACAUUAACUCUCCUUCUAAUUGAGGUAGAAUGUUCAAACCUUUUGUUGGCAUUCAUUAGGUGAAUCCCUUGAUGGAGUUCUAUGAUGAACAUUGUCUGAUUACGUUAGUCAGAGAUAAGCAAUCUGAUUGGUUGAUGCUUUAGGGGCACAAUAACUUCGGUUAUAAUGAAGUGAGAGCGAUGAAACUCUAAAUAUAGAUUCAUUAUAUCAUUACCUUAACUAAGUUCGAUUGUGCGAAUUUUCUGCCUGGGCUAAGGAGCGAUAAGCAAUUUGAUUGGUCAAGCCUUUGGAACAUAAAAACUCUGCUUUUAAUUGAGGUAGAAUGUUUAAACCUGAUGUAGAUGUUCCCUAAGUGAAUGUCUUGACUGAUUUCAAUGAUUAACAUUUCAAGCUAAAGCUAAGCAGAGCUAAUCAAUUUCAUUGGUCGAUGCUUUGGGACAAGAUAAUCUUGAUUCUAUCUGAUAGAGAGUGAUGAAACUUAGAGUGUAGUUUUGAAAAAAAUAAAUAUGUGAUUAAUUAAUAUGUGUCAUCUAUUUAUUUUGGGAUUUCAAUGGGGGACAUCAGCCUCACUGUUGGCUUGUUUUCUUUAAAAAUGGCCUUACAUAUAAUAAUUUAUACUACUGAUAAGUCAUCUAAGUCUCAGUUCAGCUACUGUGUCUUACAGAUAGAAGUUUAUGAUUUAAGUCAAAUUGAUUAAUUUCCCAUUUUUCUGACUGUGGGCCAUGUCAAAAAGAAUCAUCAUUCACUCCAGUCAGUGUAAUAAUGGGUGUUAUGUACAUAAUGUUGAUGUAGUAAGGUCCAUUUUAUUAAUUGACUGAAAUUAAUUAGUUGCUAAAUGUAGGACAAAUUAUCUGAUAAAUGGUAGAUAAUAUAGGUAUGAUUUAUUUUUAUACGCCCACAUUUUCAUGUGAACGUAUUAUGCUGUCGCCCCUGUCCGUCCGGAUGUCCAUCCGUCCACAAUUGUUUGUGGACUCUCUACAGGUCACAAUUCUUAUCCGAUUUCGACGAAACUUGAAAUAUAGGUUUAUCCCCAAAAGAUCUCGGCUGCUUUCGAUAUUGGCACAUAUCAGACAGUAACUUCCUGAAUUAUGGCCCCUGAUUGUACGAAAAAUCACGUUUUUAGCUUGUGGACCCUAUAGAGGUCAUAAUUUUUAUCUGAUUUAAAAAAACGUAUUAUUAUAUCACCGUUACACCCUAAGGACGACUGAGUUGGAAUUUCGUGAAAAUCGGCCCAAAAUUGACAGACAAAAUGGCCGCCGUUCGUUCUGGAAUAGCAUAAGAAUAUGUUAUAUCAAGGUUGUGGACCCUAUAGAGGUCACAAUUUUUAUCCGAUUUUGUUGAAACUUGAAAUAUAAGUUUAUAACCCAAAGAUCUUGGUUCCUUUCGAUAUUCGCACAUAUCGGACCGUAAUUUCCUGAAUUAUGGCCCCUGAUUGUACGAAAAAUCGCGUUUUUAGCUUGUGGACCCUAUAGAGGUCAUAAUUUUUAUCCGAUUUAAAAAAACGUAUUAUUAUAUCACUGUUACACCCUAAGGACGACUGAGUUUGAAUUUCAUGAAAAUCGGCCCAAAAUUGACAGACAAAAUGGCCGCCGUUGUUUCACAAAUAGCGUAAAAAUAUGGUAUAUCAAGGUUGUGGACCCUAUAGAGGUCACAAUUUUUAUCCGAUUUUGUUGAAACUUGAAAUAUAAGUUUAUAACCCAAAGAUCUCGGUUCCUUUCUAUAUAUGCGCAUAUCGAAUUGUAAUUUCCUGAAUUAUGGCCCUUGAUUGUAGGAAAAAUCACUUUCUUGUUAGCUUGUUCUCUAUCCAUCUCUCGAAAAUGUGGGCGUAUCCUGCCUGGCAGCCGCUGGUUUCAUAAACUGUCUUUUGUCUUUGAAAAUUUCUCAGCUUGAAUUCCACAUUAUCUGAGGAUUUUUCUUUCAUCAAUAAGUUUAUAGGAGCAAAGGUACAGAAAAGGUUGACUCGAUUUCAAGGUGUUAAUCAAUGAAAAGUAGUUCAAUCAAUGAUUGUGAAGACAAGUGUUACUUAGUAAAAAAUUUAUUGAACACAAUGCAGAAGUAAUCAAAAUCAAUUAGUUAGUAAAAGGUCCUUUAAGUGGUCAGUAGGACGUUAAACCCCAUUUCAUUUUUUUUCGUUUCCUUUAAGUGUUCCUCUAAACCUUUAGAGCAAACAUCUGCAGCCUGACAUAGUCAAUGGUUUGAAUGAAAGGCCAGUGUAUUAGAUAUAGAAAACUCUUAAUACAUUAUAAUUGUACUACAUUUUCUUCUAGAAUAUUGAGAAAUGAAUAUAUUAUUUUACUACAGAAUGACAAAAUGUAAUUUAUACAGCUUAUAAAGCCAUAAAAUCAUCUCCACUUAUUCCAAAACCAUAUAUACUUCAGAUUCAUUGUUUAUUUAAGCUCAUUUAAUGUACAUACUAGUACUUUUUCUAAAAAUAACUUUCUUAUUGAACUGAGGCAAAGAUAUAUUUAGUAAAUAUUUUGUUAAUUAAUUCACAAAUUUUGAUGCUUACCAGUGUGACAGUGUCAGAUGGUUCCUGGUGUGUGAUUACUGUUCAGCACAUGCGCAGUUGUAGGAGUGAACUCACACCGUUAUGGACACGGUAUGCAUUGACUCCCCGUGAUAGGAUUUCCCCUAAGAUUUUUUUAGGGUCGGUUUCUACACUAUUAUCUACCAAUAUUUACAGUAUUACUAUCAGGAGAGGGUGUCGAGUUUCUAUUUUUUGUUUAAUUCGAUAAAAAGUAGAAAUACAAAUUGACAAUCUGUAUUAUUAUUCAGUAUAUUCCCGACCACAAUGCAAAAAUUUAAUUCAAAAUGAUUGUCCCUUGUGCAAUUUGCAUGCAUGUUUGAACCCAAAUUUACAACAAGUAUUUAUUACCGCUUUCUUUUCUUUGUAUGGAAUGGGGUGAUAAAUAUAUAUUCAUGUUCAAGAAAUGGGUGUUUUUAGAUUUAGUUUCAGAUUUAGAUCCCAUGGUUUGCAUGACAAAGAAUUGGCAUUUGAGUAAUAAAACACACAGGCUAUAUUGUGAAUUUUACUAAGAAGUACAAAAUUAAAAUAACAAUGAUAUAGAGAAAUCCCAAUCAUGUAAAGGCCAAUAUGCAAUCUGCAAAAUAGUUAAUAAUUAAAACAUAGUUAAAACAUCAAAAAGUGUAAUGACUACAUCACUAAAAAAACCAAGGCAACAAGCCACAAACCAUAGAAGUAUCAAUUUCAAGGCAAUCAACUUAGAUCCGUUGAUCGUGUAACUACUGAUUAGCUAAUCACGAUAACAAGUAUGUUUAUUAGUGACAAAACUCUAACCAAAUACUUAAAAAUAAUUCUUAACAGUUUCGGACAUGUGCAAGUACCCAAGAGCAAACACACCAAGAGUCAAUUCAAACUGUCACACCGGUACAUGCCUUUAGUGGUGAAAUAUUUAAAUGAUUUAAGACAGUAGUAUUAUAUAGCUUAUAUAAUAUAUAUUUUUAAACUGGUCAGUCUUACAUGCUUUGUUGAAUAAUCUAUUAAUAGUAAAUUUUAUGAAAUGUAUAAAAUUGUAAAUAAUUGUUUAUAAAGCAAUUUUCGUUAAAAAAUUUGUUUGGCCCAAAAAAUGAAACCAUCUGUUUUGAAAAUAUGACUACAAAAUUUGAAAUUGGAUCUAUAUUACCGUUAUUUAUCACCCAAUAACACAUUCUACAGUACAUAUCGCUGUGAUAACUUUCAUAAUCUACUGAGCGAGAUAUCGCUUUUCAUGAAUUUGAUUGGUUAAUUAAAAAGGAACUACUUUUUUUUUAUUAAAAAAGGACCUACGUUUUGGAUCCAGUAAUAUUGUUGGAGAAAAGUUCUCAUUACCAUAAACAAUUACAAUACUCGCCAAUAUAUAGGACUUUGCAUCAUGUGACUUGUCAAAAAAUGAUGUACAUGUAUUACUACACCAUAAAGUAAUCAGGCUCAGUAAAAUUAGAUCUAUACCAAAAAAUUAUAUCAACUUAUUUGUGCGCACAAGAAAGGGUUGGGUGAUAAAUAAAAUCUCCUACUCGUCUUUUUGGAUAUCAAAAGACCAUUAGGAGAUUCUCUAUGAAUAAAUUAGAUACAAAAAACGUACUAAAUCCUCAGUCUACAUGUUAUUUACAAAAAAAUACAAAGAGCAGUAGGCAGUCUCAGAAACAGAUUAUUUUAUUUUGGGACCUUAUUUGUAUGUAUGUAUAUUUAAUUUUUAAGUUCAGAUUAUAAUAAUGUAGUCAAGUUAAAAGGAAUGAUGGGAUAGUUUGUUUUUUGGUAGUCAUAAAUAAAUUAAAUACCAUAGUUUAUUUCUACUUCUUAGAUUUACGUUUUUUAAGUUCAGAUAAUAAUAAUGUAAUCAUGCUAAUAUAAGUUAUUAUUUUAGUAAAUUAUAUACUAUAGUUUGUUAUCGUUUCUACGUCUUAAAUAACAUAGAAUUACAUUUUACUUCCAUUCCACCACUCUGCUCAGACUUUUUAAUGUAGGUAAUAAAUAAAGGUAUAGUGUAUAUUUAAACAAUAAACAUGAAAGUAGUAAGUUUUUUUAAAAUAUUUUUGUUUAAAGAUGCAUUAUGUAGGAGCUAAAUCUGUUUAAUACAGAUCUUGCGUUUGACCUGAAAUAUUAUAUAAAUCAUUAAAGAUACAUUAUGUAAGAUUUAGAUAAAGAACUAGCCAUUCUUGCUAUAAUAGUUCGAAAGUAGAUGAUGUAAAAUGUAUAAUUUGAAAAUUUCAUUCAAAUUACUCUAUUGCAAGCGAAGAUAUUAACCUUUGAAGGUUUGACAGACGUGUGCAAUAAUUUCAACCACCGUACUGGUUGAUCGAAGCUAAGUCUCGGUCCUCCAUAUUUGAUUAAAUCAAAGUUUGCUGAACCAUUCUAAUCUAUUUAAUAUCGGAGAAAUCUGAUGCCAUCGAGAGUUGAUUAAGGCCUGGAUCAGUUAAUUAAUGUCUAAUUAAUACUUUAGAAAACAUUUCAGGCCUAAAGAAAGACCUGCAAUAGGCAGAUUUAGCUCUUGCAUAAUGCAUGUUUAAUUAGACAUUUAUUCACUUACCAAGUCCAUAAUAAACGCUCUAAACCAUCGAAUGCUUUUGAUUUUCAACGGGUUUAAACACGAUUGCUAGUUAAUAAUUUACUUUAAAAAUGGAUUAUCGAGACUUUCUUUAUUAUCAUAACAACAGUAGCAAUGACAAUCGAGACUACACUAUUCUUCAUUAUCUACUUGUUAACUAUUAUAGCGAGAACUGCCAGCUCUUUUUCAAUGGGCAUAAAUCUUACAUAAUGCAUCUUUGAAUAUUUAAAAUGCAUAAAUAUAUUUCAAUUUAACAAGUGCUAAAACAUGAUUAUAUGUGCCAUGUAAAUUAAUUUAAUCAAACUCUAAAAUAAGAAAAAACCAUUAACUAUGAUGGACGUAUAUUGUUGUCACCCCUAUCUGUCCUUCCCCAAUUUGGUUGUGGACACUCUUUAAGUCACAAUUCUUAUUUGAUUUUGACGAAACUUCAAAUAUAGGUUAAUCUCAAAAGAUCUUGGUUCAUUGGCAUGUAUCGAAUCGAAACUUCAUGGAUUAUGGCCCCUGAUUGUACGAAAAAUCAUGUUUUUAGCUUGUGGACACUCUAGAGGACACAAUUUUCAUCUGGUUUUGAUGAAACUUGAAAUGUAUGUUUAUAACCCAAAGAUCUUGGUUCCUUUCGAUAUUUGCAUAUAUCAGAUUGUAACUUCCGAAAUUAUGGCCCCUGAUUGUACAGAAAAUCGCGUUUUUAGCUUGUGGUUCCUCUAGAGGUCACAUGGAUUAUGGCCCCUGAUUGUACGAAAAAUCAUGUUUUUAGCUUGUGGACACUCUAGAGGACACAAUUUUCAUCUGGUUUUGAUGAAACUUGAAAUGCAUGUUUAUAACCCAAAGAUCUUGGUUCCUUUUGAUAUUUGCACAUAUUAGAUUGUAACUUCCAAAUUAUGGCCCCUGAUUGUACAGAACAUCGCGUUUUUAGCUUGUGGUCCCUCUAGAGGUCACAAUUACUAUCCGAUUUAAAAAAAUGUUUGAUAUCACCAUUACACAAUAAAGAAUAACCUUCUUUAACUUUCGUGAAAAUUGGACCAAAACUGCCGGACAAAAUGGCCAUCCCUCGUACGCAGAUAGUGUAAAUAUAUGGUAUAUCAAGGUUGUGUACCCUCUAGAGGCCACAAUUUUGAUCCGAUUUUGAUGAAAGUUUAAAUUAAUGUUUAUAUCACAAAGAUCUUGGUUCCUUUCGAAAAUCGUGCAUAUCUGAACGUAACGUCCUGGAUUAUGGCCCCUAAUUGUUUGAGAAAUUGCAUUUUUAGCUCAUGGACCUGCUAGAAGUUGCAAUUUGUAUUCAAUUUUAAAAAAUGUUUAAAUAUAUCACCGUUAACACAUCAAUGAAGGUUGAGUUCACAUUUCGUAAAAAUCUGACCCAAAGUGCUGGACAAAAUGGCCACUCCUUGUACGCAAAUACUGUAAAAGUAUGUAAUACCAAUGUUGUGGACACAAUUUUUAUCUGAUUUUGAUGAAACUUGAAAUGUAUGAUUAUAAUCCAAAGAGCUUGGUUCCUUUGGAUAUUUGAGCAUAUCGGACAGUAACUUCCUGAAUUAUGGCCCCUGAUUGUACAAAAAAAAUCACAUUUUUAGCCUGUGGAUCCUCUAGAGAUCACAAUUUGUAUCCGAUUUUAAAAAGCAUUUAAAUGUAUCACUGUUAUAGGUUGUGGACUUUCUAUCCAUCUCUUGCAAAAUGUGGGCGUAUCUUGCCUGGCAACCGCUGGUUAAUAUUAUUUAUUGAGUCUUUUUCAAUUUAAGAAGUUUCAUGGCUCAGAUUUGCUUUGAAUUAAAUGGAGGAUUACUAUUCCUGCAGACUUUUGAUGUAUAAUUAAAGGCCCUGAUGAUCAUUUUCAUUUUUCAGACAAUAUCUAAGAGGCCUAUUAAAAGGUUUUAUGCUGGCUUGCUAAUAUCAUCUGCAGAGAAUGGCUAAUGCAAUAUUUUCAAUUCAUCAUAUCUUUGAAAAUACUGAUGAGAAUUGAACCAUUAUUGGACUGGUAUUCCUUAUAGAGGUUUAAUUGUUGGCCUGAUAUUCCUUUUAGAGAUUGUUAUUUGUACGGGAUUCAAAAUCCUCAAAUGACAGUCAGCAGGUUUAAUAUGUUCAUACAGUUUUGAAAUUUAAAUGACUGGUCUAUCUGUCUCAUGUUUAGGAAUUAGCUUGAUAAACAUUACAUAGUGUACACAAGCUAUUGCCUAUAUUAAUAAUAAGCCUUACCCCAUAGAAGUCUUCUAAUAUGUUAGCAGAUAUUACAGAUCAUAUGAUUUUCCUACAAAACUAUUUGUCUAACAAUGUAGUUUAUACAAAGAAUUUCAGUGAUAUGUUUCAAAUACCUCUAUUAUUUUGUUAAUCAUGUUCUAAUUGCUUGAUUCAUGUAUAAGAAAUCAUAAUAAAAGGAAUCGUAAAUAUUCUUAUUGAAUUCUUUCUUAAAGCCCACAAUAUUACUGUGGACAGUUGUAUCUCAUACAUGCGCAUAGAUAGCUGUUACAAGUGGAAAAAGCCUGAUGUGUGACACAAUUUGAUCUUAUUUCAUUCAAUGCAGCAUUUUCCUAAAAUUCUAGAGUACACAAGUGGUUGAAUAUCAUACAUGGAUUUAGUUGUAAUUUUAUAAUUACAUGGAUUUAAUUGCAGUUGUAUAAUUAAAUAUUGUAAGAUUGAUUGUGUUUUAUACAGAAAAGAUUUAUUUCCAUUAGUGAAAAGCAGCAUGAUUUGUUGGCUCUGUAGUAUAUAAUUUGGUUAUGAUUAACAUGUAGCUUAGUCAAAAAGAAAAAAAAUGUUUUUAUGUCCUUUUCUACUGUACAGUUUAUGGGAAAUGUUACAUCAGCAUUAGCCAAAACUAUGUAUAUAAUGGGACCAUCGUUUUUAUAAUGAUCUUUAUUGAAAUUCAUAUCAAACAUUUUUUGCCACAUUUAUCUAAUAGACAUGUAUGAAACUUAUUUGUCAUAUUGUAUAAAUGCAGACUGGGAAAUUUUUGGUUGUCUAAAUGCCUAAAACUUGUAUGUCUGGUCCAUCAGGUUAUUGCUAUUAAAAGUGAAAAAGUUAGCGUCUCUUGAUGUGAAAUUAAUUUUAUAGAUAAAUAUAUAGGGUUAGUAUUUAAUUGCUUAAUAUUGAUAAUUCUUCAAUGAACACAAGUAAAUUACGAAAUUCACAAUGUCAAAAUGUCUCAUUGAUGAUUUGACAGAACAUUCUUUAAAUUGGCAAACCAGUAUACAAAAUAAUUUCCCAGUCUGUCAUGGAUUUGUUCUUCAAAGUUCUUGUUUGUUUAUUGUUUUAAGGUUCUUUAUUUAAUAAAUAUAUUGCAUUGAAUAAGCCAUGCAGUAGCACAAGGAAAUGCUCCGGGAGACUUAGGUAUGAUAGAACUUUUUUGGUACCAAAAUGCAAAUUUAUAACAUUUACUAAGGAUGGAAGACCUUUUUAUAACAUCUUUUGCUGAGGACCCUUGUGAUGAUUAUCAACCAAACCCAUCCUGUAGUUGAGCUGUUGUAGUCAUGAUUUUAUUUUUUUCUCAGGGCACAUUUGUGCAAAUUAUUUAUCAUGCAUCAAUCUUGUUACGUAUCGUUGACAUUAAAAAUUGUUUUAUUUAUUUC